UGCUGAGCGGAGGCAUGUUAGUUUGUGAUACGGCUUUAGCUAUGUACAAAUUGGCCUAAUUUUGCACGAGAAAUGGGAAGGAUAUUUGAUUAAUACACUGAAAUUAGAGGGAUUUUUAGCAUCAUGACCUCAGAAGUGGAAGAACAUGUCAUGGCCAAAUAUGAAAUCAAGAAGCGCCUUGGAAAAGGAGCAUAUGGCAUUGUAUGGAAGGCCAUCGAUAGGAGAACGAGGGAAGUUGUUGCAUUAAAAAAGAUUUUUGAUGCCUUCAGAAAUCAGACAGAUGCACAGAGGACAUUUCGAGAAAUCAUGUUCUUACAAGAAUUCAGUGACCAUAAGAAUAUAGUCAAGUUACUGAAUGUGAUGAGAGCAGAGAACGAUAAAGACAUCUACCUCGUAUUUGAGUACAUGGACACCGAUCUCCAUGCAGUAAUCAAGAAAGGAGGAAUCUUAAAGGACAUUCACAAACGUUAUAUCAUGUAUCAGCUUAUUAAUGCUACCAUGUAUAUGCAUUCUGGAAAUGUCAUACACAGAGAUCAAAAGCCAUCAAACAUCCUGCUAGACACAGAGUGCUUUGUGAAGGUAGCAGACUUUGGUCUCGCCCGUUCAAUAACCCAAAUAGACGCUGUCCUGAGCGAAGACAAUCCUGCCCUUACAGAGUAUGUGGCAACAAGAUGGUACAGAGCACCAGAGAUCCUUCUAGCUUCGAAAAGAUAUACCAAGGGAGUAGACAUGUGGAGUGUAGGCUGCAUCAUUGGAGAGCUUCUUAAAGGGAAGCCCAUGUUUCCUGGUUCAUCUACAUUCAACCAGCUGGAGAGAAUCAUGGCCAUCAUUGACCCGCCCACCAAGAAAGACAUCGAGGCUAUCCAAUCAGACUAUGGAGCUACGUUUGUAGAUAUGUCAAAACUCAGGCAUAGACAAUCAAUUGAGGAAGUACUACCGGGUGCCCCGGCCGAUGCAAUAGAUUUGGUCAGAAAACUGUUACAUUUCAACCCAGACAAGAGACUCACUGCCAAACAAGCUCUUUCACAUCCAUAUGUAGCAAGAUUUCGAAACAAACCUGGAGAGAUAUUUCUAGACUAUGAUGUAGUCCCACCCUUAGAUGAUGAUGUGCAGCUCUCCGUUAACGAAUACAGGUCAAAGCUAUACGAGAUGAUGAAAGAGAAGAAAGCCCGACACCGUCAGCAGCUGAGGGAAGCCCAGCAAGCCCAGAGGAGGGGGAGCCAAUCCUCAACCCCACCCUCAGAGCAGGGUAGUCCUAUGGUCAAUGGCUCUACAGCCUCGGCCCGGUCUAACCAGGCUGCAAGCAGCAGAGGUACCAGUCGACAGAGACCCGCUGCUGCUGUCGGACCUGGAGGAGCAGCAGCAGCACCUCAAGCACCAACGUCAACAACAUACACAAAUUACGCAGCCGAGGCAAGGAAACAUAGACCCCCCUUGAGCUCUGCCUCUGGGAACGGACACACCCCCAACAAGCGCCUACACCAUACCUCCAGUGCCCCCGUGUUGCACGCAGGUGUAGCCUUUGGGAGGUCAACAGCAGACCCACCUCCUGUGGCCAUGCAGAGGAAAAACUCAGUCAGACAAAACUUACAGAGACAAAAUAGUGUAGAGAACAUUGCUGCAGGUCAGUACAAUGGCAAUGAGAACCAGUACCAGUCAUCAGGCAUUGGUCAGCAACGUCCAUCAUCUGGUCAUCACCAGCGCACCAGGUCAUUCUCAGCUGGCAUACGCAAUAGCACCAUCACUAGGGAUACCAAGGGUCAGCAUGGAGGGAGUCUAGCCGUGUCCAGCUCAAGACUAGUCCCAGCACAGAGGCCCAUCUCAGCCCAAGAGAGCCGACAUGCUCAACCAGCAGGUCGUAAACAGUUUGGGUCAAAGACCAGCGGUUCCUCAGGAGCACCACGGUCCACGUUUGGCAGCUACAGCCAAGCCCAUGGUACGAUAUCAGCAAGUAGUUUGGCUAAGCUGCAGGGAAGGUAGUCUUCAGUAGACCGCACCCAGUUCAGUAGCACGAUGAGAGCAAGCGGUCUGGCUAGGCUACAUCAAGCAGUCCUUGAUUGUCUACACCCAAUCCUAGAGUAUGAUCAACCAGGGACCCGUUUCACAAAGCCUUUGUCAAUGACAAAUGACAAAAAUCAGUGACAAAUCUGCUGAUAACCAAUCAGAAGCAAGGAUUUCAGUAGCUUAUAACAAAAACUGUCAUUUGUCACUGAUGACAAUUUUUGUGAAAUAUAAAGGGAUCCUUUAUAUUUGUUUUUAUUUCUUUUUGCCUUUUGGACACUGUCAUAGUAUACAAACAUUGACUGUUCAGAGUUUAAGCUAUUGCCAAAGUUGAUUGUAAAAAUUGACUGUGCCAUGUGAUGAGUCAAGGGGCAGAGUAAAGGGUCAGGUGCGAUUUGAUGCCCACACUUUUGACCAAUCAGAGGCCUAGAUUCUUGAUACGUGGUACAAUACAUGAUGAACGUGACAGAAACUUUAAUAUCUUUCCAUUUUAUCCCAUGUUUCCUGGUAAUGACAAUUUAGCUCACUGAUAGAUACAGGUCAUUAUUCAUUUACUGAAUUCUGAAAUGGCUGAAUGGGCUCGUCUUGCUCAAAAUAUAUCUCUGUCUCAAAAUCAGUCAGAUUUGACCUUAAGUUAUUGUUUACAAAGAUGAACUAUAGAAGUUUUAGCUGUUUAAAUACACAUCAUAAACAUGUAUUAGAUACUUUCCAAGUAUGGACAUAGUAGGAGAGUGUAAUUAAGAUAACAGUAACUAUUGUGAAGAAGUUUGAAACAUAUGUUGUCAAAGUCUUUCGUAAGCUAAAGUUCCAUUUCUUUUGUCUUCAUUUUGAAAAGUGACAUUCCAACUUGAAAGCCAUAGACCGAAGUAUUUAUUUACCAUUCUCAAAUCUACGAAUUGAAUGUGGACAAUACUAUUGAAGGAAAGGCAAGCUGUAAGCCAUCGACCAAAGUAUUUAUUUACCAUUCUCAAAUCUACGAAUUGAAUGCUGACAAUACUAUUGAAGGAAAGGAAAGUUGUAAGCCAUUGACCAAAGUAUUUAUUUACCAUUCUCAAAUCUACGAAUUGAAUGCUGACAAUACUAUUGAAGGAAAGGCAAGUUGUAAGCCAUCGACCAAAGUAUUUAUUUACCAUUCUCAAAUCUACGAAUUGAAUGUGGACAAUACUAUUGAAGGAAAGGCAAGUUGUAAGCCAUCGACCAAAGUAUUUAUUUACCAUUCUCAAAUCUACAAAUUGAAUGUUGACAAUACUAUUGAAGGAAAGGCAAGUUGAAUGAUUGAUUGAUUGAUAUUACCGGUAUCACUAGAAAACCAGAGUUAGCUUACAUUAGAAAACUCUGUAACGUAUCUUGCAAGGUCUCCUCCCAUUUGACACAUACUAACAAUAAUCUAUAUUUUCCCUUAAGAAAUUUUGUCAAUCACACAUUCACCCUAAAUGUAGUUAUUGCAAAUAUCAUUGUUUUUUAUACAACCCCUGUAUGAAACAAAUCUAUUUCAUUAUUAAUACUAAACUAAGAAAAUAACAGUUUAUGAAAUUGUCUGUACACAGCCAAUUGGAGAGGAGCUUGCAUGAUACGUCACAGUGUUGCUAAUUUGUGUUUUACUGAUA